CGAUAAAAGGUUGUUCGAACGCGACACGACAACGAAACGACGUGCGUGAAAAAAAAAACUUUUUUUUUUAAAUACGGACGCAUCCUUAUUUCAAAUUCAGUGCGGUGUGGUGAUUCGCUGAGUGUGGACGUGUUUUUUUUGAACUUUUUUUUGUUCAUAACUAUGAAGCCACUACUACGAACAGUGGUGGCGUUGUGCCUCCUUCUGGCCACUCAAGCGCAUCCAGAAAAUAUUGAAGAAGCCAAAGAGCUGCCUCAAAAGAGCGAACCCGUCGUAGAGGCAGAGGAGUCCUCGCCGCAAGUCAGAGAAGAACGGUGUACCACAUGCAAUGGAGCAGCUAAUUUGAAAUUCAAAAGCCCCAAUGAGGUGUUAGCAGCUAUACAGGCGUUGCCUGGUGCUGAAGUGCAUUCCCAGUCCUCAUUCGAAAGCUGCUCUUCCGACAAGGGCUGCGCCGGACUUAAAGUAAAGGAUGGACGCGUUAUCGAACGAUUCGGCAAUAUCGAUGCUUUCAAAGCGGCAGCCGCGUCCGACAUAGGCAACGAAUUCACUUUCCAUGCCGCUGGUAGCUUAGGAAAUGUGUUCCAAGGCGGAAUCCCUAAAGACGGACCGUUCUGGUGGAUGAACGAGAACUCGCCUUUCAAGGCCAGCGCCGCUGGCGGUGGCGGAAGCUUUGAGAAAUUCAGCCAGUCUAGCUCUUCAUUUACCAGCAGUGGUAACGCUGGAGGCGCUGGAGGUGCUGGUGGCGCGGGAGGUGCUGGACUAGGCGGUGCUGUCAAUUUUGACCUGAACGCGAAUCCCUUCCUGAAUGGAGAAUUCUCGAAACUCGCCGGCUCGGCCGCCGGUUUCGGAGCAUCCGCGCAAGGCGGCGCUAAGCCCGCUGGAUCUGGAUUCCAAUCGUCUUCCUUCGAGUCUUCCAGCUCAACGUUCAGCAGCAACGGAGGUGAAAUCGAUCUGAAGAGUAAUCCGUUCUUGAACGGUCAGUACAACAAGAACGCGGCUGGAUCUGGCUUCCAGGCUGGAUUUUCAGCUGGAUCAACUGGACAGGGUGCUGGUUCGUUUGGCGCUACUGGACAAGGCAGCCAAGGUGCCGGACAGUUUGGCGCUCAGGGCAGUCAAUUCGGAGGCCAAGGCAGUCAAAGCUCAUUCGGAUCAAGCUCAAGCAGCCAGAGCGCAUUUGGAUCUGGAUCUAGAGGAAGCGGAGCUGGGCUCGGUGCAAGUGGAAGUUUCGGUGCUGGUAGCGGACAAGGAGCCGCCGGACAAGGCUUCGGCGCCAGCUCAGGACAGAGUGGUUUCAGCGCCCAGGCUGGUUUCAACAGCGCCGCUAGCGGCAACGCUGGACAAGGAUCGCAAGGAUUCGGUCAAGGUAUCAACGGAGGCAGUGGCCAGAGCACAUUCAGCAGCCAAUCGAGCCAAUCCUCAUUCCAAGGCCAAGGUUUCGGUCAAGGCCAGGGCAACCGCGGCUACACAGGAUCUUCCCCAAGCCCCUUCACCGCCUCCACCGCUGGAUCCAACGUGAACCUAAUCCAAAAUACUCAGAAGACAAGUGAAUUCGACUUCGAACAACAACAGCAGACCCAGUCGAACAUCGACGAAGCUUUCCAGGGUACUGGGAAUGUGCAAAGCCACGCGCAUAGCGGUGGGGAGCUGCAGCAAACCUGCGCCGGACAGGGAUAUGUGUGCGUCCACAAGGCUCAGUGCAACAAUGGAGUUGUGAACACCAAUGGCGCCAGCGUGCUUCAAGCGAAAACUAAGAAACAAUACUGCAAUACCAGAACUGAAAUCUGCUGCCGCAUCGAAAUCUCCACCCUUGCUGGAGCCAGCGAUCUCCAAGGUUCCCUCGGAGUCGGAGCAGGCACCUACAGCGGCUCCUCCAAUACCAACCGUCAAGGAGGGUUGUUCGUGUCAUCUAGCCAAUCAGGAAGCAACGGCUUCGGUGCUCAGGCUGGGAGCAGCCAAUCGGGGCAAAGCGCUUUCGGCGCUGGCCAAUCAGGACAAAGCGCUUUCGGUGCUGGCCAAUCAGGACAAAGUGCUUUUGGCGCUGGUCAAUCAGGACAAAGUGCUUUUGGCGCUGGCCAAUCGGGACAAAGUGCGUUUGGAUCCAGCCAAUCAGGACAAAGCGCGUUCGGCUCUAGCCAAUCAGGACAAAGUGCGUUUGGGUCUAGCCAAUCAGGACAGGCUUUUGGCAGCCGAGGCUCAGGAUCUACAUUGAACGCUGGCGCUAGUGGAACCUCUGGACAGGCCGGCUUUGGAGCCGGCUCUUCGACCUUCAACGCUAACCGUGGCUCGACUGCCUCAAGCUUCGGACAAGGAACCCAAGGUUUCGGUGCUCAAGCCUCAGGCACUUUUGGAUCUGGAUCAGUGAGCAAAGCUGUCGAAUCCAGCUCGUCUACUUUCGGAUCAUCAAGCAAAGGAACAGGAUUUGGAAGCUCUGGAACCAAAUUUGGAGCCGGAUUUGGAGUAGGAUCUACAGUCGCUCCGACCACUGCUGGCCGCUUCGGAGGAAACGAAGUCGUUUACAAGCAAACUAGUCAAUCCAACUUCGUUGAAACUGACUCCUUCUCAUCAGGAAGCGAGAAUACUGGAAUCUUCAGACCUGGAAGCGGGCUUAAGCCUGGCAUUCCUUAUCUACCCCCUGACAAUACUAACCAAGGCUCAAACGUGGUGUCUUCCACCGCUUUCCCUACUCCGUUCGUCACAACCCCUCGCCCCACUACCCCCCGGCCGACAUACCUUCCCCCCACCCCGUCAACGGCCGCCCCAGGAUACCUACCUCCUCUUGGCCAGCAUUCCAUCAACACGGAGACCAGGCUGCCUGGACCGCCGACUUACAAUGAAGGCGAGAUUAUCUUGGACACUUUGAGGCCUGGACCUACUAGAACUCCUGUGCCUGCUCCUCCUAGUGAAGUGCCAUCAGGCUGCGCCGCGGCUCUCAAGUGUACCCCCAUCGAGUACUGCACAGCCGAGGGCGUCAUCUCCAACACCACUGUGGCCCUAACUAGAGACCAGGAGGCCUACAGAGUCCCACUUACGGAUUGCAAAGAUCUUGAGACUGGACGCGUCGGCAAGUGUUGUCGCGAUCCCUUCUACACCGAUCCCUGGCCAGUCAACCAACUCGGAAAAUGGGUGCCCAACACGUUCGGCGGAAACGACGGAAAGUACACUCCAGAUAGCAGAGGCUCACCCAGCAUUGGCCGACCAUCCAUCACAGCCAGGCCCCCUAUCACUGGCUCCACCCUCCUUAAUAACUUCAGGGCAACUACCAAACCGACUCCUACCUUCGGCCCCAACCAAGUGACUCCAGGCUUCCCCUCUGUCACUCAAACGUCGUACGUCAAGGGCGGCCAAGGUCAAUACGAAGUCCGCGGCCAAGGUCAGGCCAGUCAGGUCGGCCAAGGUCAGAUUGGAUUCGGCGGUCAGGGACAAAUUGGUGUUGGAGGUCAGGGAUCAGCUGGUCAAUUUAACUCUCAGUCCCAGUACAGCAGCAGCUCAUUCAGUCAAACCCAGCGUGGUCAAGGUCAAGCUGUUACCACUGGCCAAGGUCAAGCAGUGACCACUGGCCAAGGCCAAGCUGUAACCACUGGCCAAGGUCAAUACGUGCAGCAAGGUCAAGGAGGCAUCGCUCAGGGCGGCAGAGGACAGGUCGGCUCCGGGUCGCAAGUGUCUGUACAAGAACAGGCCGCUUUUAACUCAAGAGACCAAGGCAUCGCCCAAAGUCAACAGACCAACCGCGGCACCGCCGUCAUUACCGGCCAAGGUCAAUCCGUCAGCCAAGGAUUCGGCCAAGGAGUCAGCCAAGGAUUUGGCCAAGGAGUCAGCCAAGGAUUUGGACAAGGAGUCAGCCAAGGAUUCGGCCAAGGAGUAAGCCAAGGAUUCGGCCAAGGAGUCAGCCAAGGAUUUGGUCAAGGAGUCAGCCAAGGAUUCGGCCAAGGUGUCCGCCAAGGCUCCGGUUUCUCCGUGAGCCAGGGAGGCGGAUUUAAUGUGGAGAAUGAGAUCUCUGGGUCGGCUUCUAGAGUAUUCUUGAGUCGGUACAGCGCGGGAGGACAGUGUGGAUUGUUUAAUGGCCAGAAACCGUAUGGAAACCGCAACGAAAACGAAGUGGACUUCGCCGAAAUCCCCUGGCAGGCUAUGGUUCUGCUCCAAACCAACAAGAGUCUGUUGUGUGGAGGUGUCAUUACCAGGCCUGAUGUUGUUGUCACGUCCGCGUCUUGUGUCGAUGGGCUCCAAGCCAAGAACGUUCUCAUCAAGGGAGGAGAAUGGAAGCUCGGAAUAGACGAGGAGCCCCUGCCCUUCCAGAUCGUCCAGGUCAAGAACAUCCUGCGCCACCCCUACUACAAGCGCGGAAGCCUCCUCAAUGACGCUGCGAUCCUGGUACUCUCAGAGAACCUGAGAUUCGCGAAGAACAUCUAUCCGAUAUGCUUGCCGAGCGCGCAAGACACCCUGGAUGCGUUCUAUAACGGCGCUGGAGAAUGUAUCGUCACUGGCUGGGGGAAACAGGUGCUGCAAGCUCACCUCCUGGGCUCCAUCAUGCACAGCAUCAACGUAUCACUGAUCAACCCUGGAGAGUGCCAGGCCAAACUGGCGCAGGACUACCCUCAUCUGCUGGACCAGUAUGACCAGGACAGCUGCGCGUGUGGACAGCCUACCAACCCCGUCAACAACAUCUGUAGGGUUGACACCGGAUCUGCCUUGGCUUGCACCACCGACAACGUUCACUGGGUGUUCCGAGGCGUCUACUCUUGGGAGUCAGGCUGCCAACCAGGCAACCAGCUGGCCGGGUUCUACAAGUUCGACCUGGAGUGGUACGAAUGGGCCAUCGGUCUGCUGGAGAGCGCGCGUUUCGCCCAGUUCUCCAGCACUAGCAGUUCCAGCUCUAGCCAGCGGUUUACAAGCGGCGUGAAAGGAGGUGCUGGAGGUGCUGGCGGUGCUGGCGCUGGCAUUAAAGGCGGAUUCGGUGCCAGCUUCGGCGGUUUCGGCGGCCAAGUCGGCUUCGGCUCCGGGCAGUUCGGCCAGUUCUCCUCAAAGAUCACCCAGGGCUCCUCAAGUGAAGGAAAAGGAGCCUUCAGCGGGGAAGUCACGGGCCCUGUCAGCAACACCUACAGCGCCACUUACUCCGAGAAGAAAGUCUUCCAAUCCGAACCAAAAAUCAUCACUUACACCACUAAGCCUGAGAUCGUCACUUUCACUACCAAACCUGAGUAUUUCACUUUCACCACCAAACCUAAAGUAGUCACUUAUACAACGAAACCCCAGAUAAUAACCUACGAGACUUCUGGAAGCGGUACCAAUCCGCAAUACGUUGCGCCUGGUGUAACUUUCAACCCGACUUUCUCAGAGCUGGUUGGACAGCAUAAGCAUAACGCUGCUUGCAAAUGCUUGGAUGGAAAGAAGUAAAUUAGUAUUGUAGAUUUCUAAAAACUCUUAAUAAAAAGCUGCAUUGAAAUUGGAUGUGGGUAGAUUUUUUGCAAAAUUGACUAGUUUGUUACAUCUGUAGAGAUGUAACUUUUUUGAAUGAUUUCACCGUUUUUACAGCGUUUUAAAAUGAUUAAAAAAACACAUAAAUGCUUGCCCUGUUCAAAUAAAACAGAGUAUGAUCAAAUGUGAUAAGAAUUUUUAGAAAUCUCUAUUCAAAAGAGCAUCUACUACUAGAAAAGUCAAAUAAGUUAUUUCCUAUCAUCAAUUACUAGAAAAGUAGUAGAUGCUGUGGUAGGGCGAUCUUUGGAUCUCCUAUAUUAUAAUGUUCUAAAGUGCUAGAAAAUUGAAUUUGCAUUGACAGCUUUUAUACAAAAAAAGGUAUACAAUUUAUAUAAACUAUUUAAAAUGUUACAUAACAUAUUAGAAUAAUACUAAGACUAAAAAGGUCGCUUCUAGCACUAUAGUACGAUAUAACUCAAUGUUUUUUAUUACACUUUUAAAAUAUUUAAAAAAAAAAUAUGGUCGUGCCAUACCCAUCUUGAAGACAGUACAAAAUGUGAAUUCGGUUUUUUAUUUUAUUUUUAUUAUAUUUAAUGUAUCUGUAAAUAGAUAGGUUAUAUUUAAUGCAUACUUAUCUUAAAAACUGAGCUUAAGCUGAUGUUACACUAUUCGAUUUCAAUAUACCGAUUGGCAAUUAUUAAAAUAUAUCCUUCAUUUUCACACGUUAUAUUAAAACCUCCACCACCUCCUCCACCUUACAGAAAACCGCAGCCAAAUAACACUUGACCCUACUCAUAGUGUUGUGUCCCUGCCGGUGAGUAAGGUUGCCAGAGCUCAACGAGGGGGGUGGGGUUAGGGUCGGCAACGCGCAUGUAACUCUUCUGGAGUUGCAGGUGUACAUAGGCUACGGAGACUGCUUACCAUCAGGCAGGCCGUAUGCUUGUUUGCCACCGACGUAGUAUAAAAAAAAAAAAUAUCAGGAACUUUAUUGAGUAUUUCAUUAUAGAUUAUAAGUACAUUGUAAAACCGAUAUAAUUAUAGUCAAAAAGCUCUCUUUGUCAGUAGAAAAAGGCGCGAAAUUCAAAUGGGACGAUAACCGCGCCUAUAUUCUAUUUUUAUUUUUUUUUAUUUUAUUUUAUUUUAUUUGUAGUUUUAACUGUAAGAUGUAUAUGGACCCUGUCUGAAAUAAAAGAAUUUUAUUUAUUUAUUUAUAUUUUCAAAUUUGCUGCUUUUUUCUACUGACGGUCAGACUUUGAUCUUUGUGAAAAAAAAAUCGGAUAGUGUAAAAGGGAACGUUGGCGCUUUUCAUAUUUUUUUAUUUGUAUAAAAGGUGUUUUAGUGAUAAAACUGCCACUUUUAUAAGCCGACAAUCAAUUGCACAUUUAUUUAUAAGAAAAAUUGAAUGCUUAGAUAUUGGACCAUUUUGGGAACUCCAAAAUAGUCGACUGUCUACUGUUUCAUACAAAUUAUUAUAUUUUUUUAUAAUAAUUCGCAAUAAUUAUAAGUAUUUAGUCAAUAUACGUAUAUUAUUGAUGUAUACAUUUUCUAAUUGUUUUAAUUAGGAUUAAAUAAUUGAAAUAAAAUGAAGGUACUUUCGA